GCAGUUCGGGGAUGUAUGUUGACGGGAGCGAGCGAGGCGAGAGGAGGUUUCCCCCAAUCCCUGGGUGGUGUGUCCUCUCCGCGGUCCUGAUCCUGGCUAUCCCAGCCAUCCUCCUCGCCCUCGCAGGACUUUCCAGAAGAACCAGUCGUGAUUUGGAGGUCACAGUGUACGGACACGAGAUGGAGUUGCCACCACCUCCACCACCCCGCGGGGCACUGCCCCCUGUACCUUCAGUGAUGAUGGACCUCUUCCGUCAAGGGCCACACGAUCAACUCCCUGCAGAGAUCGUUCGUAGCCUCACUCCAAGAACAAUUGAUGGGCUCCAGCACCGACAGCCCCUGGGCAACUCUCCGGGCAGAGAACACCUCCAUCUGCUGACAUUUGACGUCCCAUCGCUAACUCCUGGCGAGACUCUUCACUCUGCCCAACUGCGACUCACCCUCUCCUAUCUACAGUUUCCUGCAGUUGAAAAUGUAACCAGCGUCGUUCGUAUCUACUGGGAUUCCACCGAGGCAUCUCUGACACAGGAGGUUCACGUCCCUGACCACGACCACGAGAACGAGAAGAAGAUCAACUUCAACUGCACCGACAUCAUCGACAAAUUUUACAAGCUGCAAAGCUCCCAAAAUGCUAAAGACUGCAGACCCACGCUCCAGUUGCUGGUAGGGGUGACCUUGAGUCGUGACCUCGAGGCGUCCCCGCAAGUAGGAGGAACUGGAGAGAACCAUGACAAACUGCCCUUGCUGCUGCUGCUGUACUCACCUCUCGAUGUUCAGAACACAUCAAACCCCGAGAGAACUUUGCCACGACACAAACGCGAUCUAGCAGCAGAAGAGUUCGAGGAGGAGACUAACAGGUUAUGGUCGGGAGCUCGGUCGACACCAACGAGAGCUAGAAGUGGCAGAUUCCGCACCUUCUGCAGACGACGGCCUCUGUACGUGGAGUUCUCCGAUAUCAACUAUGACACAUGGAUCGUGGCACCUAACGGAUAUCAGGCGUACCAGUGUGUCGGUCGGUGCAUGUACCCCUUGAGUGAUCACCUAAGCCCCACCAAACACGCCAUCAUCCAGACUCUGCUCCAUAGUAUCCACCCUGCCAAGACUAUGAGACCAUGCUGCGUGCCUACCCGCCUUGAUUCGAUCUCCAUCCUCUACGUCGACGCUCAGGGCGUCCUCACGUACCGCCUCAGCUACAAAGACAUGGUGGUCGCCGAGUGUGGUUGCAGAUAGACUGUAUAAACUGCUACGUAUUGUUGCACUGUCGUAACUUCAAUAAAAGUUUGCUGAAUUGUGUUACCACAUUUUAUUUGCAAGCAAAUUUGUCUUAACUAUUGUGUACGCAGACGAGUUAUUUCAUUAUAAUAGUGACGAGCCCAAUUAAUAAAUUUACGAAUUGUACAUAUGUACUAUGUAAAUUUACUUUUAUAAAAUUUGACGCCAUCUGUGUUACUUAACGAACAUGUUAAUAAAGAAUGCUUUGAC